AUGGAGACUCUUGUUUUCUCUCCAGCGGACGAUUAUCUCCCUUCUGCCAACUUGCUUUGCCCUGGGAUGACUUGGGACGACAUUCCUACGGCUGAUCUUGCUACGCCGGAUGAUCUAUUGUCUCUCGCAGAACUUAGCGAGGACGAAGGCGAUGCUUGGUUUGAUGAGGGGGGGUUGCCUAUCACUCGCGACACAGAAUACGAUCUUUUGUCUCCGGACCAGCAUCUUUUCGACGACGACGACGAAGCCGAGCAUAGAGUUCCAUCUAGAUUAGGCUCUGACGAGGGCAUUCAGGAAGAUGGAACAGCUUGGAGUCAACAAUAUCAGUUUAGAGACAAUGACGCCUCUGUCGUCCUUCACUAUGAGCUCCAUCAUGACUCUGGCAAUGUGUGCGCCCCAGAAAUCAACAACACUUUAUUCGAGACUGCCAUAGAUCUGGACACUGAGCUUCUAGACUCGGACGAAAACAUAUUUUCGGCCGUUCAUGUGUCUUCUUCCAGCAGCCGUAUUCAAUCACCUUGGUCAUCUAUCUCCGUACAACGCCCAAGCUCGUUAUCUACUAUCGCUAGCCACACACCCGCGGAUGCCAUGUUGCUCGACGGUGUCUCCGAUCAUCGCUCCAGCGUCUCUUUCUUCUACCGUGAGAGUCCAGACGACCGAGAUAGGGCUUUCGCAACGCCCGCCGAACAUGAUCGACAACAGCAGCAAUCACUUCGAUCGACACAAGAAUACCGCGUUUCACCUGACAUGGACGGCUUCUACUUCUGCUCCCAAGAACAUUCGUGUUCUGCGGAGAACGAAACAUGGGGAUGUGAAGACGACGAGGACCACCUGCAGGACUUCUGA